AAGGCGGUAGCCGGCGGAGAUACAGAGGGGAAGGUCGCACUGCUGCUCAGUUACUGAAAGGCAAUGGAGGCGAACGAAGCAGAGAGCCGGCCUGCUGCAGAGAAACGUACCAUAAGCCUCAGUGGUCAUGUGGGUUUUGACAGUCUCCCUGAUCAAUUAGUCGGCAAAUCUGUAUCUCAAGGCUUCUGUUUCAACAUUCUUUGUGUAGGAGAAACUGGUAUAGGUAAAUCAACAUUAAUGAACACGCUGUUUAACACCAUGUUUGAAAGUGAAGAGGCUACACAUUAUGAACCAGGUGUUCGUUUAAAGCCACAAAGUUACAUGUUGAAGGAGAGUAACGUAGAUCUUAAACUGACUGUUGUUAAUACAGUGGGAUUUGGUGACCAAGUGAAUAAAGAAGAAAGCUAUAAACCCAUUGUUGACUACAUUGAUGCACAGUUUGAGAAUUACCUUCAAGAGGAGCUGAAGAUCAAGCGCUCACUGUAUGAUUUUCAUGACACAAGAGUUCAUGUCUGCCUGUAUUUCAUUGCUCCCACUGGUCAUUGUCUCAAAUCAUUGGAUUUAGUCACUAUGAAGAAGCUGGACAGCAAGGUAAAUAUAAUUCCCAUUGUAGCCAAAGCUGACACAAUUUCUAAAAGUGAAUUACACAAAUUUAAGAUAAAGAUAAUGAGUGAACUGGUCAGCAAUGGUGUACAGAUCUACCAGUUUCCAACAGACGAUGAUGCAAUGGCAGAAAUCAACUCAGCAAUGAAUGCCCAUCUUCCAUUUGCGGUUGUUGGCAGUAUGGAAGACGUGAAGGUGGGAAAUAAACUGGUGAAAGCGCGACAGUAUCCAUGGGGUAUUGUUCAGGUUGAAAAUGAAAAUCACUGUGACUUUGUGAAGCUGCGAGAAAUGCUGAUCCGUGUUAAUAUGGAAGACCUCAGAGAACAAACACACACACGUCACUAUGAAUUAUAUCGACGAUGCAAGUUGGAGGAGAUGGGGUUCAAAGACACCGACCCUGAUAGCAAACCAUUCAGCCUGCAGGAGACCUACGAGGCUAAAAGAAAUGAAUUCAUGAGUGAGCUGCAGAAAAAAGAGGAGGAGAUGAGGCAAAUGUUUGUCACGAGAGUUAAAGAGACUGAGACAGACUUGAAAGAGAAAGAAAAGGAGCUUCACGACCAGUUUGAUCAACUGAAGAAAACACACCAGGAAGAGAAAAAAAAGCUAGAGGAAAAGCGAAGAGAACUGGAAGAAGAAAUUAACACAUUUAACCGGAGGAGAAUGGCAGCGCAGACACUGCAGGGGCAAUCUUUCCAGGCUACAGGACAACAGCCAGUCAAGAAAGACAAAGAUAGAAAAAAUUAAAGCUUCAUACACGUUUAAACCUAUCAGUAUGGGAUUAUUUCUUGUGACUUUAAUAAGAAUAGUUACAAUACAAAAAAAAAGUCUCUUUGCUCUAACUUUUCCACUCCUCCAUACAAAAUGGACAACAAAUAUUUCAAGGCGAAACUCGAGCAGAAAGAGCCAGCAUCAAGACCUGUAAAACCCUGUUUGGACAAUCAUUGCAUGAAUUUUGUUUUUCCAUGAAUUUCAUUGCUGUUACUCACCCUAAUUUCAUAGUUUGAUGCAUUGGUUUCAUUAUGUUAAUCUUCAGAUGAAUUGUUCACUUUUAUUUUCUAAAGAGCCUUUUUUAACGGAACAUUGACACAGAAUAUAUAUCUAUUUAAACUAUUUUUGUAAGCAUCUCUAGUUAAAAUAAAAUUUAAAAAUAAAAUACAUUGUCAAAUGACAUUGUAUGAAAUGUAUAUGCAGUAACAACCUAAUUGUUUUCUUAGCUUUAAGAUGUAAUGCACCAAAGAAGUGAAGCUUUAUUCAUAAUGUUUUAUAGAUUUGAUUUUCUUAAAAAUGAAGGAUGUUUUUUAAUCUUGAAGUCAUCUCUUGGGGAAUGCCCGAAUGUGCAAUUUUCUGCAAAAUUGUUUAGUCCUGGUUCCAAGUUUAGGAGAAAGAAGUUCUGUUUUAUAUUCUAAAAUGGGAUCUUCAGAAAGAAAGUGGGCAACACUUGUGUUUCCCCAUCUACAGCUUGUUGGAUGCUCCGUUUCUUACAACUGGUAUAGAGAGUAGAAUAACACAUGAUACAAUUUAAACUAUUGAAAUACAGCAAAUUGUUUAAUUUUUGGAUUUCUUUAGACUUCACAGGAAAUGCCUGGUUGCGUUUAACAUCAAUUCAUCUUUUAAUGUUUAAUAUUUGGGGUUAUGUGUUGACCAUAUGGAAGAAGUACUAGCCUUUAUCACUUUUACUUUUCACUCCCUAUGCCAAACUCUCCCUUGUAUUUUUGCACUUAAUAUAAGGGUGGGUUACAUUGUCAUGUCCAUAUAACAGAUUAGUUAUGCAUUCUUUUUUCUAAGUAGUGAAAGAAAUAAUAUUAUAAAUAUCUUGCUUUACACACACUUGUUCCGAAGCACUCUACACAUAAGCAGUCAGAUAGUUAGAUGAGCUCACUGGGUGACACAGAUGGUGGAUAAGUUGUAACUUACAUUGGUACCUGUCUUGUAGUUUUAUUGCAUGUCAAAAUAUUUUUAAGUUAAAUUGAUCAGUAACUGAUGUGCUGUGGGAGUAUGAGACACUAUCUUAUAUUAUUCUAUUGUCUUUUCUCUUGUUUCAAUGAGAUUCCACCAAAAGAUCUUUUAAAUAAGAUUGUUUGGCAGCAAAACAUAAUUGAUGUAAGGAAUUAGAGAUGAAUUAGCCCAUGUUGAGGUGUCCCUUUUUUAGGAAAGGUGGUCACUGCAGCAUUUUAUAGCUUUUCUACCUUUUUGAAUGAAGGAAUUACAGUUUUAGAUUACUUCAAAAUUUAGAUUAUUUUUUGUUUAGAAUUUUUAACUGAAUAUAUAUAAAGUUGUAUGUGUUGGAUUACAGAGAAGGCCCAAAGAUAAAUUUUUUGUUUUGAAAAUAUCCCUACUUUGAAAAUUACUCCAGUUCACAGUGACUGUAUUAAUUUUGGUGAUCAGUCAACAUAUUGAGAACAAAAUGUUUUAAACAAAACUAAGAACUUUGUUUUUAUAAUUAAAUGCAUGUAUCUACGAAAUAGCAUAUAAGCUUCAAGAUUUUGUUUAGUAUGUCAGUUUAAUAUAAGUUAACCAGUAAUAAUAACUCCUUUAGUGCAUACACUUACAUGCAUGAUUAAAUCAACAGUAAUAUAUUCUCAAUGAGCCAGGCAUAGUACUUUUUUGAUUUGAAUGGAUUUAACUAUGAUGGAUUUGUAUUAUUCAAUAAGAUGCCAGGUGUGUCAUGGUUUAUAGGUACAUAAUCAGCCUUUCCCUGCACCUUGCACUUCUAGUACUGCAACUAGCUGCAGGAAGACUACAGAAAGGUACACUUAUGCGUGUAAAUCUCUAUUGUAAUGACUUAUUAAAUUGAUCAGCACUUGCAUAACGUAUCACGUCUGAUGUUAAGUCAAAUAUAAGGUUAUACUUCUAUACCUCUUUAAGAUUAAUCAUGCAUUUUGUUUACUCCCCAUAGCCUAUAGUGCUGUAAGACAUGAUUAAUCAUUGGGAGUACCUGUUUCUCAAUCAAUGAACUUGCUAUUUUGUGUUGACACAGUUCUACCAUGAAUACCACCAUUGUGUUUUAAGGCAGACCAUUUGGGUGCUUUGCAAAUUUUAUCACAAUAGAUCAGAUGAAACCUGAAUUUGAUGGCAGCUCUGGUUUAUGAAGUAAACCAAUAUGAACAGAAGUGGCAACUUUAUGCUGACAUGACCAAUAGGUUUAUGCUUUUUUUUAAACAUUUUAAUUUACAUUUAUAGUAUUGAAAGGGUCUUGGUUUGCUUGCUGUUUUCCAACUGCGCUUGUUUGGUCAUGAAUUUCUUGAAUUCAAGAGCAAGGUGUGAAACAAUGAUAGUUAGGUACUUUAUUAAAUGUAAAAUAAAUCUUUUGCACAUGCAAAUCUACUAGAUUUUUCUUGAUUAAUGUCUAUUUCUUCACCAUUUGAAUCAUUGGUAUCAUUCAGAAGGAUCAUGCUAUGGUGAACAGUCUCCUGAUUUUCAUUCACAACUAAACUGUAGAGAUUAAUUGUGCUCGAACAAUAUUAAUGAAGAAGAACUUAGAUUGGCCUAAAACUCCAUCUGCUGGUAGAAAAGAAAGAAUUCUGAUUCAUAUUUGCAGUUCAGUGUAUAGAAAUGCUCAUGGUGGAUGUAGAGAGUGGAUGCCAGCAGGUGGACAGACAAUGAGAAGGAAAAGUCUUGAAGUAAGUCAUCCAAAGCAUUCAUUCACCUCAUGGCUAAUUAUAGAACAGUGACAGAGGUCUGCUGUGGCUUGUUUAUUUACCUUUUGGGCCCAUGAAAACAGAGUGAGGACAUCUGGUGGCUGGAAACUUAUGCUCCUUUUCUUGCUAUGGUGGAAUGGAUUGAAGUUGAAGAUGCUGUGAUCUCCUCGUUGAAAAGUGAAUUACAUUCAGGUGGCCUUUUUCUAUAGUCAACUAGUUCUCAGUUGAAGGAUAGCCAGCUGUGUUGAGGUAUCAUAAAUUUGCUGGCUUUUAGUACCUUUUGAAUUCUACCUCACUCUAAUUUAAUACUUUCAGCAGAGUAGGCAUUAUUGGACAAAAUCGGGCUGGGACAGGGAGGAGGUGACAUGGUAAACAGCUACUAUCCAACUUCUGACACGUUAAAUCUGUCAGUCAUUGCAUGACUUGCACUGAUCUGAUCUCCUUUCAAGCUGAACCAAAUAAUCUGCCCCUUCAUUUUUAUUUUGGCUUUAGAUGAAGAUAUUCCAGUUGCAAGUGCGACCUGAGUUUGACUUUCGGGUAUAAAUGAUGUGCAGUUUGAAAUUCCUUGAGAAAACGAUAUUGUAAUAUCUCAUCAAUUGUACACAAGUGCACACUGUAUAAUCUCUGGAAGUGGAGAGAUUUAUUUUUUAAAAAUCAGGUUCAACUGAAGAUGUAAUUUCUCAUGUCAUUGGACCAAAUUAUUCGAAAGCAUAUUGUAGGAAAACAAGUAUUUUUGCAUUGUUCCUUGUCAAGGGUGUUUGCUUUGAAAUCCAUAAAUAUUUAUAAAGUUAUAUAAUUUUUAAGUAGACAUUAGAGUUGAAAUUGAAUUGUUCUAAAACAUUUGCAUGUAAUGCAAUUACUAAUAUUGACUUGAAACUGUAUCACUCCAUAUAGUAUUCCAGUUCAUUGUAAUUUUUCAUAUUUUUACCUUUGCUGUGUGCUUAUGUAAUUCUUAUCUAUCUUUCAGCCACUGUAAUUCUUUGUACCUGUUGGUUUGCUCAGGUCAUGUGCUUUAGUGGAAGUUUUGAACAUUGUCUUCGUACUUGGAACAAACCGUUUAAUUGUUCGUUGUGUGACAGUAUUGCACUGACAUCUACCAUUGACUGUUAUCAAUUUAAUUAUAUUAUGGCAUUUCAUUUAGUUAUUCAUUUUACUCCAGUGUAUUGUGUCCAUCUUUAAUUUGAUGACUGAGUUUCCAAAAAUGAUCUGCAUACAGCAAAAUGAAAAUGGUUAUUUCUGUGCCAGAUUAGUCUAAGUUGUGUUUUAAAUGUCCUGUUUUUUUAAUUUUCAUUAUUU